CUCAGCCACACCCCAACCCCAACCCCAACCCCACCCCACCGCUUUUGGCGCAUCCAGCACCCAAGCUCCAACCACACUUUUUUUGAGCGAACUUUCAACGCCUACCUACCCGGUCAACUUUGCGCAAGGCACUUUUGCAGCGGUCGCUUGCUGUGCGCCAAGGCAUUCAGUGUUGACAAAUUGCAGAUCGACACUGCUUCCCGGUCGGUGCGCUAUUGUCGCGCAGUUAUACAGCCUCUCACCAACGCAUCACUGCCAUCACUUUCAUGGCCAUAUGGCAGUGAUGACAUCGUCAGCCCUCGAAAAAAUUUCUUUUGAGGCUAAGGCGGCGUCCUUUACCUCAGCAGACGAGAUGGUGCUUGAUACUGAGGCGAAUGGCAUCUCGCACAAAUAUGAUGUCCUCUUUGGCGGGCCUGACUUCAACACCACCGAACCCACCGCGCAACCGGCCGUCACCGAGUCGGAACCACACCCCACUGUGAACGGUAACCACAUGCCUGCGACAGCCGUUUCGAACACCGUAGAACCUUCAAUACAGUUCCUUGCUGAUAGUCAACCGGAUACAAACUCGCUCUUUGACAGUCCCGAGGUUGGCGCGACCUCGUUGGCAACCGUGGUUGGAGCACCUACAUCGGAUGUACGAGAGGAAGCACUUCCGGGACUGGGUGCACAAUCGAGCGAUAAUACACAGCUAGUCCCAGAAACUCAACAACAGGCAGCAGAUUUCGAAUUUGGUAGCCUGAGUAACCACAACGCUAUGGAUGUCUCGCAGGAAGCUUCAGUUACUGCACCGGCUUCUAUUCCUCCGACUAAUUCAAUGACCGAACUUUCAAUUCAAACCCAGUCCACCACUGCCGAGCCUUCACAAAUGUCUUCUUUCGUACAAUCGCCAACAAACCUCGAUCUGGAUAUGGGGGAUGCUCCGUUGUCGGGAAGGGUACGGUCGCGGGAGGAUGACGAUGAGGAAGCGGAUGCACCAGAAGCUAAGAGGACGAGGACCGAUGAGGAGAUGGGAGGGCGGGCUGAGUUCAAGAUUCCGGAGCUUCCCGCGCAUAGUGAACAAGCUAAUGGAAAUGGCAUUGUUUCUACGGGCACCGCCGAUCAGACUCCGGUUCAAGCUGCGGUCAGCGCAGAGGAUUGGCCUUUGGCCCCAAUGACUACAUUACAAAACAAGUUUUUGUUGGAACGUGUUCGAAACACGAAGAAGAUUAAGGUCGCACAUGCAUUCAAGGAGCCGGUGAACCCUGAGGCUAUGGGUAUCCCUCAAUACCGCGAAUACGUAAAGAAUCCCAUGGAUCUGUCGACAAUGGAGUCAAAGUUGAAGGAAGGAAAGUACUCAACGGUUCGAGAUUUCAUGGCAGAUCUCGACCUCAUUAUUGACAACAGUGUCACUUUCAACGGAAAAGAACACCCCGUGACACAGGCCGGCUACAAUAUGCGCGCCUAUUUUCUUAAGGGUAUGGGCAAAAUGCCAAGGGCAGGGAUCGAGGAGUCUUCUAAACAGCCCAAGCCCAAGAAGCCAGUAGUUGCAACCUCGACGAAGACGCGACGCGAGUCGAGAACCAUUUCAACUACAGCCAAAUCACCUGCUCAGCCGACACCUACAGCAGCAUCUCCGCAAUCAGCGUGGCCGCUAACCGCGGAUGGACUUCCACUCAUUCGGCGAGACUCAUCAAGUGCAAACGAUAGGCCCAAGCGAGAGAUCCAUAGGCCCCCACCGAAAGAUCUUCCCUACAAUUCUGCCAAGCCAAAGAAGAAGAAGUUUGCCCAGGAGCUUAAGUUCUGUGAAAGCGUCAUGACUGAGCUUAUGAGACCUAAAUAUCAGAAGUUCUCAUAUCCAUUUCUGAAGCCGGUGGAUCCUGUGGCCUUGAAUAUUCCAACAUAUCUCAAGAUAAUCAAGAAGCCUAUGGAUUUUGGAACGAUAGAGAAGAACCUGCAAGCGGGUCAAUAUCAGACUGCCAAAGAUUUCUACAAUGAUGCGCAAUUGGUGUUUGCCAACUGCUACAAGUUCAACAUCGAGGGCGAUGACGUCCACAAAAUGGGCAAGGAGAUGAAUCAGCUUUUCGAUCGCCUCUGGGCAGAGAAGGCAGCCUGGCUUCAGGAACAUGCUCCAGCGUCUGAUCAUCAGUCUCCAGGCUCUGCUUAUUCGGAUGAGGAUGAAGAUGAAGAAGAUGACGAGGAGCCUGAUGCUCAGGCUCAGAUCCUUGCUAUCCAGCAGCAAAUCGCAGCCCUAAACGAAACCGCGCAGGCUCUUCUUCAGCACAAGCAAGGGAAGCGCACUUCCCCUAAAGUGACUGGAAAGAAGAAAGCUGUGAAGACAACACACCCUAAGAAGAAGGGCAGUCUCGUCGUUCCGCCUCCUCCGAAGGCCGCCAAGUCCAAGGCUCGUUCUAAAGCACCGGCGCCUCUUAGCUUUGCCCAGAAACAGGAAAUCUCUGAUGGAAUUAGUACUCUGGGAGAUGCAGAUAUGAGGAAGGCGGUGCAGAUUAUCCGUAACGGAUGCCCCCAUCUUGCAAGCGGAAAUGACGACGAAAUGGAAAUCGAUAUGGAUGAGAUCGACGAUAAUACGCUCCGCGACCUCUUCAAGUUUAUCAAGCAAGUUAGAGGUCCGAAAGGGGUCGUUGACGAUGACUUUGAACCACCACGGCCUCACAAGGGCGCAGCUCAUAGGAAGACUAAGAACAAGCCUAUGGGCAAGCAGGAGCAAGAGGACAGCAUCAAGAGGAUCCAGGAGAAGCUCCGGACCUUUGCAGCGAGUGCUUCCGGCUCCAGCCAAUCUCCACCUGCCGCUCAAGAUGAAUCCAGUGACGACGAGUCAAGCGGAUCUGAGAGCGAAGAAGAAUAA